UCAUCCCGAGCAAACAUGGGAUCGAUCGUGGCCACAGCAGCUAUUCUUUUAGUCUGCGUACUUUUGGGCGAAGCCUGUAGGUAUUGUGUUCCUCAGGAGCAGUGCCUAGUAGGAGGAUGGAAUCAAAAUGUGUGCCUAUUAAAUUUCGUCUGUUGUGACGUUCUCAAUACUAAUGAUAGCCGGAGCGAACCGAAUGUGGAAUCCAAUUCUGAGUCUGCAUCACCUUCUUCAGCAGAGGAAUACAUACCAAUCCAACCACCAGUCUCAAGUGUGCCCCAAAACAAUGUUCCGACGGAACCUGAUGUACCCAUUACUUAUUGGCCACCCAAAAUAUCGGUUCCGCAAACAAAUGAUGGUGCGAACGAUGAGCAGCCAAAACCAACUAAGCGGACUCCGCCAGGCGACAGGAAAGACACGGCUAGUCUAUUUCCCUGGGUGGUAGCCCUAUUUUACGAAGGAGCUUACUUGACCGGCGGAACACUGAUUGACCCAAAAGUGAUCCUAACAGGAGCCCACGGCAUAAUGCGCAACAUGAUUGAAUAUAAAAUUGAGGUUAGGGCCGGCGAGUUUGUCAUGAACACAUCAAAUGAAACGCGUUCGUAUGAGAAGCGUGUUGUGGAAAGGAUUGUGAGACAUGAAGGAUUCAUUGAAUGGAGGCGUAUCAAUAACGUGGCACUUAUUUUCGUUAAAACGCCGUUCGUGCUAAGCGAUCGCAUUGGAGUUUUGGCGUUGCCAAGACCAGAAGCGUCGUUCGUGGGACGUCUCUGCACGGUUGCCGGUUGGAAAAUGGUGAGCUCCCAGGAUCAAAGCCCUACGAGAGUUAUGACGAACUUUGAGUUACCCGUGGUGGACAGAAAGACAUGCGAGACUCAGUUUAGAAGUAUAAAUUCGAACUGGAAUCUUGAUUCGAGUCUGAUUUGCGCCGGAGGUGAAAUAAAACGGGAUAUUUGCUUUGGCGGUGAAGGUUUCGCAUUGUUCUGCUCCCUCGGAGAGGGGAAUACACAUGUCUACGAGCAGGUUGGGAUCGCGGCCUGGUGCAUGGGGAGUGGGUUGAAGGCCCUCCCGGGGCUCUAUACCAAUGUGACAAUGUUCCGAAGUUGGAUUGAUGAUAGGAUAGCAUCAUAUGGCUAACGCUCAACGAUUAUUACAUC